AGCUUCAAACUUUAAUAUAUCUUAUCAAAACUACUCAAGACCAUAACACUUAUCUUCAAUAUGGUGUAUAUAUUGAAUCUUGUGCUAAAAGACUAGGUUGGCAUGAAGUUCUAGACUAUACAUUAUAUGAACCAUUGGAAUUAAUUGAAGCAAAAAAAAGGAUCACAAAU